AUGCCAUCCUCACUACCCAAGCUUGUACCGCUUAUCAUUAAAUUUGAGGGAGGCAAGCGGGAACUUUUGGGAGCUCUUCGUUACAUACUAAGAGUGUGGUUUUCUGGGGGCGGGAGAUCUACACGGUCCAGCCGAUUUUUAGCGCGAUCCUUGACAUGUUUCUGGCAUGCGGCAAAGCAGCGGCAUGACAGCGCUCAAGUGUCAAACGUGUUUAACGUUAGGAAUCGGACACUGGCUACUAGUACUUCAAGGAGCAUCAAAUCAAAUACUAGUAUUAAAUAA